GAUACAUAUAUGUCCGCCUCUGUGUUCUGUUAUGUGUUCUGUUUCCCGUAACCUAAAAACAGCUUCAAAAUUUAAUUCAAUCAGGGAUUUUUGUGGUGGGAAAUGACAAGUGAAGCGUUGGCGGAAUGGCGGUCAUCUGAGCAGGUGGAGAAUGGGAUUGCUUCGACAUCGCCUCCGUAUUGGGAUACUGAUGUUGAUGACGGUUGCGGACCAAGACCUUCAGAGUUAUUUAUUAGGCAUACGUGGAAGAUAGACAAGUUUUCAGAGAUUAAUAAAAAAGAACUUCGUAGUAAUGUGUUUGAUAUCGGUGGCUACAAAUGGUACAUUUUGAUCUACCCCAAAGGUUGCGAAGUGUCCCAUCACUUAUCUUUAUUUCUCUGUGUUGCAGAUCAUGAAACGCUACACCCAGGUUGGAGUCAGUUUGCACAGUUUACAAUAGCUGUUGUGAAUAAGGACCCCAAAAAAUCAAAAUAUUCUGACACAUUACAUCGAUUCUGGAAGAAAGAGCAUGACUGGGGAUGGAAAAAGUUCAUAGAGUUAUCUAAAGUUUUAGAUGGUUUUGUUGACGCUGAUACCCUUACAAUAAAAGCUCAAGUCCAAGUUAUCAGGGAGAGAGCUGAUCAUCUAUUCCGCUGCCUUGAUCGUCAAUAUAGGAGAGAACUUGUUAGGGUAUAUUUGUCAAAUGUAGAGCAAGUAUGUCGCCGCUUUGUGGAAGAAAAGAGAGGAAGGUUUGGAAAGUUGAUAGAAGAUAAAGUUAGAUGGUCAAGUUUCUGCACUUUCUGGUUGGGAAUUGAUAAAAUUGGCAGGCGCGGUAUGUCAAGGGAGAAGUCGGAUUCGAUAUUGAAAGUUGCUGUGAAGCACUUCUUUUUAGAAAAGGAAGUUGCAUCUACUUUAGUGAUGGAUUCCUUAUAUAGUGGACUGAAGGCCCUUGAACGUCAGACCAAUAACAAGAAAUUAAACGGAAAUUGCGUGGAUGCUGAAGCACCAAUACCUAUAGUGCUGGUGGAGAAAGACUCGUUUAUUCUGGUUGAUGAUAUAUUAUUAUUGCUUGAGAGGGCAGCCUUGGAAUCAUUGCCGCCAAAGGAUGAGAAAGGUCCUCAGAACCGAACCAAGGAUGGUGGGUUAGGGGAGGAUUUCAGCAAGGACUCUUUUGAACGUGACGAAAGGCGUCUUACUGAACUGGGACGUAGGACCUUUGAAAUUUUUAUUCUGGCACAUAUAUUCAGUAAAGUAGAAGUUGCAUACCAGGAGGUUGUUUCUUUGAGAAGGCAAGAGGAGCUUAUACGUGAAGAAGAAGCAGCAUGGAUGACUGGGAAUGAACAGAAAGCAAAGCGGGGUGCAUCCGAAAAGGAAAAGAAAUCUAAAAAGAAACAGGCAAAGCAGAAAAGAAAUAACCGCAAACUAAAGGAUAGAGGAAAGGAGGAAAAACAGGAUAUUGUAGUAGAGGAGAAACCUCAACGACAGAACCUAAUUGAGGAUGCAGAGUUGAUGGUCGAAUAUUGUGGUGCUGAUACCCUUGAGGAUGUUUCUGAUGUUUCAGGUUCGGUGAAAUGUGACAUACUUGAGGAGACGCCUGUUGAGGUUGAUUCAGAUGACAGAGAUUCAAGUCCUGUGAAUUGGGAUUCAGACACAUCAGAAGCUCAACCGAACAUGGUUACGACUGCGCAUAAUGUAGAUAGGAAGACUCAAUCUAUGAAGGAUGAUAGUUCAUCAACAUGUUCGACAGAUUCCCUCCCGUCAGUUCUUUACAAAGGGAACUCACUUCGAGAUCAGAAAAGCCAAGAACCACCGGCAAGAAGCAAAGGGAAGCAAGGAAAUCUGAAUGGUACAGUGACUGGAAGAUGCAACGUGGAUGAACUCGAGUCUAAUAUGGUGAAAAAGGUGGUGUUAUAAUACUGUUACCUUUUU